UCCCUGAUUUUCAGAUAAGGAAAUUGAAGUCUAAAAAGCCACUUGCUCAAAGUCAUAGCUAGUAACCAGAAUUUUCACCUGUGACUGUAGACUCUGUCAUGCACCCACGCUCUUUUUAUCUCUAUUACACAACAUACCCUCAAGCAAGGUGCAGAUUCAGUGAAUGUCCAUACCUCAAAAUGUGAGUGGGCAAGAGGAACAAUGGUCUAUGCAGUUGAAUAAGUCACAAAUGUUCCCUCCCCUAAGCUGCUUAACUAACAGAUCACCAUAGUUAUUACAUGCUGAAAGGAUUAGAGCAGUAUCCUAAGUGCUUUUUCUCAUCUGUCAAGUUUUCACACUACUUCAGAUGGGCUAGUCACUAGAGGAAGUGCUGUGGGCCGGGCUAGGAAGUGUGUUAUGCACAAGUAGCUGAUGCUUCCAACCUGACCCUCACUUCACAUCCUCCCCUGUCUUCAAAAAGUGUCCUAAGCUUCUAAGGCCUCCCAGACCAAUCUGGUUUAAUUGGUAAUUUGCUGAAGGACAUAGGUAAAGACAUGCAGUCUAGUCCCAUAACAGCUUAGAUAGUAAUUCCAUCAGCUCACUAACAAAUCCCAGUUCUGGGAAGCAGACUGAGAAGACAUCCCCACUUUCACUGCAGCAUUGUGAGAGAUCUUGUGACUACCGUAGCGCUUGCCGUAUAACGUUACACUGAGGAAUCUUCUCAGAGAAGACAGAGCAAACACUGCCCCACAACAUCAGGGCGUUCUCUAUAGCAUUUGUAAGGCAUUUAACUUAGUCGGGAGGCUCAACUUUAUUCCCAGGCAGAAGGAGCAAUGGCACAGUGAGGAAGGCUACCAUCCAUAUGAAGUUUUAGAGAUUUUAGUCACUCCAAAGAUGUAGAAUCCUCUAACAUAUCUUUCUUGCCUGAAUUCAAAAUAGGGGCUAGAAUCAUAUCAACAGUUUGUGUUCUCUAUCCCAGUCCCUUUUUCCCAACUUAUGGUUACUUAAGUAUGUAGUUGUGGUAGCAGCACACUUAGUUCUUUUCUCUUAACUACACUGAAGGGAUGGUUUGCCUUUCUUCAAAACCUAGUGCUACUUCUUAAUACCACUCAUUUUUUUUUUUCUGGAGGAAUUUCCCCCCUUGCUUGGCAUCUGUGCAACCUUUGAGUUCACAGCUCAUGGUACCCCGGAAGUCAUAGUUCCUCAACUACUGAUCCAGGACUCCCAAACUUUACAUCCUUUUGUAGCCAAGUUUGAAAGCUGUUCAUGGGAAAACAUGGGGCAGCAUUAAUUUCUUUCCUAGAGAGCCACCGGCCAUUUGCAUGUGGUCUAAUAGCCCAAUACCCUGCCAAACCCAUGUAUUCAGGGUCAGCAGAAGCAAUUGGCUCCAGGAAAUGCAAGGAGUCCACCAGAGACCUUCCAGAAGUCGGUCAGGUUCCAGAACCAGAGCCCACCAGAUAUGGAUGCCUUCAAAGGAAAAGAAGCCACAGUCCAGGAGGACCCACGGGAGCUCAGCGCAAGAAGCACAUGGCUCAGAAGGGAGCUGAGGAGCCGGGCAAGCAAGGGCAACUGAUCCAGGAUGUCAGCAAUGUGGCUCCCAAGACUGAGAACUUUGAGGACCCCUAGGAACAGACACAGUGUUCAGGUUCCUCUCCUGGCUGAAGUAUACGGUAUAGAGGGAAAUAUUUUCAGGCUUAAAAUCAAUGAAGAAACACCCUUGAAACCCAGAUAUGAAGUUCCUGAUGUCCUCACAAGCAAGCCAAGCACUGUAAGGCUGAUUUCAUGCUCAGGGGAUACAGGCAGUCUCGUAUUGGCAAAUGGAAAAGGAGAUCUGAAGUGUCACAUCACAGCAAACCCAUUCAAGAUAGACUUGGUAGCUGAAGAAGAGGUUGUGAUGAGCAUAAACUCCCUGGGCCAACUGUACUUUGAGCAGCUGCAGAUUCCUCCCAAGCAAAGCACAGCUACCAAGGAAAAUGAGGAGGAUACAUCAGAUAACACCACUCAGGAAAAUCAAGAGGAACUGGGCCUGUGGGAGGAGAAAUUCAGAAAUUUUGUGGAUGUCAAAGAUAAUGGUCCUGCCUCCAUUGGUUUGGAUUUCUCCUUGCAUGGGUUUGAGCAUGUCUAUGGGAUCCCGCAACAUGCAGAAUCACACCAACUUAAAAAUACCAGUGAUGGAGAUGCUUAUCGUCUUUAUAACCUAGAUGUCUAUGGAUAUAAAAUACAUGACAAAAUGGGCAUUUAUGGUUCAGUGCCUUAUCUCCUGGCCCACAAACUGGGCAGGACUCUAGGCAUUUUUUGGCUAAAUGCCUCAGAAACACUAGUGGAGAUCAAUACAGAACCUGCUGUAAAGUAUGCAUUGACCCAGACGGGCCCAGUUGCUGCUAAACAAAAGGUCAGAUCUCAAACUGAUGUGCACUGGAUGUCAGAGAGUGGAAUCAUUGAUGUUUUUUUGCUGACAGGACCUACACCUUCUGACGUCUUCAAGCAGUACUCAUACCUUACAGGCACACAAGCCAUGCCCCCUCUCUUCUCCUUGGGGUACCAUCAGUGCCGCUGGAACUAUGAAGAUGAACAUGAUGUAAAGUCAGUGGAUGCAGGAUUUGAUGAACAUGACAUUCCUUACGAUGUCAUGUGGCUGGACAUAGAGCACACUGAAGGCAAGAGGUACUUCACCUGGGACAAGAAAAGGUUCCCAUACCCCAAAAGGAUGCAAGAGCUGCUCAGGAGCAAAAAACGUAAGCUUGUGGUCAUUAGUGACCCCCACAUCAAGAUUGAUCCCGACUACUUAGUGUAUGCUAAGGCCAAAGAACAGGGCUUCUUUGUGAGGAAUCAUGAAGGGGGAGACUUUGAAGGUGUAUGCUGGCCUGGUCUCUCCUCUUACCUGGAUUUUACCAGUCCCAAAGUCAGAGAGUGGUAUUCCAGUCUUUUUGCUUUCUCUGUUUAUCAGGGAUCUACUGACAUCCUCUACAUAUGGAAUGACAUGAAUGAGCCCUCUGUCUUUAGAGGGCCAGAACUAACCAUGCAGAAGAAUGCCAUUCAUCAUGGUAACUGGGAGCACCGAGAACUUCACAACAUCUAUGGCUUUUAUCAGCAAAUGGCCACUGCAGAAGGACUGAUCCAACGAUCUAAAGGGAAGGAGAGACCCUUUGUUCUUACACGUUCUUUCUUUGCUGGAUCACAAAGAUAUGGUGCUGUGUGGACAGGCGACAACACAGCAGAGUGGAGUUACCUGAAAAUUUCUAUCCCUAUGUUACUCACCCUCAGCGUGACUGGGAUCUCUUUCUGUGGAGCGGAUGUAGGUGGCUUCAUCGGGAAUCCAGAGGCAGAGCUGCUAGUGCGGUGGUACCAGGCCGGAGCCUACCAGCCCUUCUUCCGUGGCCAUGCCACCAAGGACACCAAGCGACGGGAACCCUGGCUCUUUGGGGAGGAGCACACCCAACUCAUCCAAGAAGCCAUCAGAGAGCGCUACACCCUUCUGCCCUACUGGUAUUCUCUGUUCUACUCUGCACACGUCGCUUCCCAACCCGUCAUGAGGCCUCUGUGGGUAGAGUUCCCUGAUGAAUUAGAGACUUUCGGUGUGGAAGAUGAAUACAUGCUGGGAAGCGCUUUACUGGUUCACCCAGUCACAGAACCAAAAGCUACUGUGGUUGAUGUGUUUCUGCCAGGAUCAAAUGAGGUCUGGUAUGACUCUAAGACAUUUUCUCAUUGGAAAGGAGCAUGUACUGUAAAGAUUCCAGUAGCCUUGGACACGAUACCAGUGUUUCAACGAGGUGGAAGUGUGGUACCAAUAAAGACAACUAUAGGAAGAUCCACGGGCUGCAUGACUGAUUCCCCAUAUGGACUCUGGGUGGCCCUAAGCACUAAGGGUUCUGCUGUGGGUGAAUUCUAUCUCGAUGAUGGUCAUUCAUUCCAAUACCUCCACCAGAAGCAAUUCUUGCACAGAAAGUUUUCAUUCGCCUCAGGUGUUUUGACCAACAGUUGUGCUGACAAGAGGGGUCAUUAUGCCAGCAAGUGUGUGGUGGAGAAGAUCUUGGUCCUAGGCCUCAAAAAGCAGCCAUCUUCUGUGACCAGCCACUCACCUGAUGGUAAAGCUCAGCCUGUGGCUUUUACAUAUUGUGCCAAAACAUCCACCCUGAACCUGGAGAAGUUCUCACUGAACGUUGGUGCUGACUGGAAGGUCCAAAUCCAGUGACAGAGCAGUGCACCUGUUGCAAGUGCUGGGAGCAGCUGCAUCUUUCUGCCUUUCCAGGGGCCUUUUUUUUGCGAUUUGUGCUGCACGCUAUUGACUUCUCUGGCUCAAAGUCAUCUUUCAUAAGUCAACAGUUUACUAAUGAACAAUAGCUUUCAGAUUUUUCAGAUGUUACAUUUUUAGAUGUGCUAAUAAUACUCUUUGUGUCACACACCUCCUCUUCUCCUACAUGCAAGUGGCCCAGAGACAUUUAUAGCGUUCACAGAUCUCACAUUGCUCCUUGGGCCAUGACCUGUGGUAUGCACUCUGGCCCAGUGGGCAGCUUCUCUUUGAGCACAGCUGGAUGGGUUUGUUUUAUGUGAGAAAUGGGCCAAGCCCACCCACCUUGUGGAAGCUUGUCUCAGUCCAUGUGGCAGAGCCACUCAGGCUCCAGCAGCUGAGCUGCUCAAGGCCUAUCUCCAAGUGGACAGCAGCUUCUGAUGCCCCCCCACCCCAGUUAUCUUUUACCCACUUAGACCUGGACAAGACAACCUUUUCUGCUUGCAGUGUAUUCACUGCAGCAACAGGGAGUUACUCUACCCUAGAGACUGACUCAGGAACACAAAGGGCUCUUUUCCCUGUCAUGUUUUUGGGCUCCAAAGUUCCAAAUUAAUCUCCUUAAAAUUCUAAUUUCUUUAUAUUAAUUUUUUUAUUAAAUACUGUCCACUAACCAAAGCUUAUUUAUAAUAUGAGUAAGCUAUAAUUAAAAAUAAUAAAAUAAUUACCCAUGUCCCCACCCUCAAACUUCAGAAAUAGAACACAGGGCUGGGAUGAGGGUGAGGCAAAUAAGGCACUUGCCUGUGGCACAAAAUUUAAGGGGAUGUCCCAAAUCACAGUAAUCAAAAUAAAUAAUAUUUUAAUGCAAUAUUUUUAAAAAUCAAAAUUAACAGCAAAAAAAAAAAUCCAUGAUGAACAAAAUAUUAAAAUUUUAAAUAAGGACAAGAUCGAUAGUAUUGCAUUUUACUUUUGCCUCAGACUCUAGUACAGCAUGGCAUGGGCUAGAACACUACACCAUGCCAGUUCCCCAGGAUGCUCCCCAGGGACGCCCUGAGGCUGCAGCAUCUGCUGGGACAGUCACAUGUCCUCAGCACUGCUCAACAUGCACAUUUGCUUAUCAGGCUUCUUCCACUCAGCAGCUUGCCAACUGCCACCUCUAUGCCUCUUUUCCCUGGGUCCCAAUAUCCACGGUCUGCCCUCCACCUAUGCAAAUCCUACCAUCCAUCCAGGCCCAACUCAAACCCACUUCCACACAGAGCCUUUCUAACUACCCUAACACCCUUAACUCCCCUUUACUAUGAGCAGUGAUUUUGCCCUUCUCUGAAAUGCUGCCCCACUUAUAAUAUGCAUUCUGCUUAGCAUUCUCAGGGAUGGUGCUUCAGUGUUUCAGGUUUGUCUGUCUUGUUCCCCUACUAGAUUGUUUGUUCUUCAAGAUCAUGUUAUAUUUGUCUUAUAUCUGCCAGAGCACGAUUAUACUUGGCUUUUAGUAAUAGUUGGCUGUAACUGGUUGACUGAUAGAUUUGAUUGAUUUAAAAUUGAGAAUUGGGGCUUCCCUGGUGGCAUAGUGGUUGGGAGUCCGCCUGCGGAUGUAGGGGACAUGGGUUCGUGCCCCAGUC